UCGAGAACAGAGGGCGGCAAAAUGGAUCAGAGGAUAAUCAUCGUGUGCUCGGUCGUCGGGUCUAUCGGGGUGCUGAGUGCCAUCCUGGGGUUCUCAGCCGAGGGCACGAAGCUCACUAUUUCGGACGUGUACGUGGGUGGCGGGCUGUGCCUGUACCCGCAGAACCCUGCGCUCGGGCUCGGGGUGUGCGCGGCCAUCUUCCUGAUCGUAGCUCAGAUCAUCUUGGCGGGCUUCGGCGGCUGCUGUGGCUGCUGCAAGUCCCGCGCUAUCCCCUCCGAGACCAGCCGGAUCAUCGGCGUCGUCUGCGCCGUAUUCUCAUGGAUCACGGCAAUAAUCGCGUUCGCGCUGCUGGCGACGGGCGCCGCGUGGAACGCCACCGGCACGCGGGACUCGUCCGUGUUCGGGCUCUGCUACGUCCUCAAGGACGGCAUCUUCGCCGGCGGCGCCGUGCUCACGCUCGUCGCCACGGCCCUCGGGGUCACCUCCUCCGUCAUGCUCCGCGGGCAGCCGGCCGCUGCCGCUGCGCCCCCCGCCGUGCUCAAGGAAGGCGAGCAGAUGUCGGCUGGCGUCGCCGGGAUCGCGAUGGGGCAGCCGCAGUUACCGCAGCAGCCUCCCCAGUGGAAGGGGCACGGCCAAGCGCCGAACGCGCACUACCCCCCUCCUCGGGCACAAGGCUAUGGAGCGCACGCAGCCAACCAGCAGCAGCAGCAGGAGCAGCUCUCCCCUCCUCCUGCACGAGGCUACGGGCAGUACCCUCCUCCUAAAGGACACGAACAGAUGUAACCAAUGCAUACCGUUUGACCAGAACAUGCAUCGAUCGUGCUAUGUUCCGUGAUUUCGAUUGGUUUUGUGCAGGUAAAACUUUUGUAUCGCUCUACCUCUACAGGUUGCGUUGUGUUCUUGUGUUACUUUUAUUUAUAGGAUCCGCAACGCUUAUUUAGUGCAAAGGAAGAUACACAUAUAAGACGUCUUAUAUUUUGGUGUAGA